AUGACGAUGAUGAUGGUGGAGGAGGAAGAUAUGGAAAUAGAGAAUCAGGUGUUUGUUGCUCACGAGAUUGACCUGGAUUACGAGUUUGAUGCAGCUCGCUUCUUCGAUUUCAGUUCACAAGAAACUCCUGCUCAAGCUCGCCAAUCCGAAGUUUGGUUUGAAACCGCCGGAAGCUACCCUCCUUCUCCUUUUGUGGCAAAGCUAGUUAAGAGAGAGGACGGUGUUAGUGUUAGCGCCUUUCCAGAAUUUGAAAAUCCAGAAUGCGCAACUUCCGUUAAUGAUGCCAAAUCUAAUCUUCCAUUUCGGAGUGGGAACAUCUCUGGUUUGCUGGGUGGAGUUCAUCAAGAUUUUGCUACGCGACCGUUACAAUUAACUACAGGAAUGACAUUUAGCAGUAAGACAAUCAGUGGCAAUUUGAAUUCUAAGGCUAAGCCUGCUAUGAUGAAGGGUUCAACACUGAUGAAACCUACAGCUAGUCAAUUGGCAAAGCAAAAUCGGGCCCCUCGAAUUUUUGACUCAAGGUUUCAGAAGCUACAAGCUCAUCACAAGGAAAUGAAUUUAACUACCUAUUCUGGGACAGAAAGCCAAGCUGCCAAGCGGCAGAAAUUAGAGGGUGGUCUCUUGCGGAAGGUUGGUGAUGUGAAGCAACAAGCCAAUUUGGUCCACAAGGCACCAAAGAAGGUUGUAACUGUUGAUCAAAACUCUGGACAUUCCAAGCUGAAGAUUACUAUUCCUAGAGAGCCAGAGCUAGAAACAGCUCAUAGAGCACAAAGGAUUAGACCCAAAAAUACUGCAGAGGCAGAACAUGUGACAGUGGCUGCUCCCAGAUUCAAAGCACACCCGUUGAACAGAAAAAUUCUUAAUGCUCCUACAUUACCACUUCCUAAGAGGAGCACCCCACGCAUGCCAGAUUUUCAAGAAUUUCACCUCAAGACAUGGGAGAGGGCCAUGCAGCACACAUCUGCUACUUCAUCAUCUUCACUUCAUUGCAAUGAUUCUGAUAAGGUUAAUUUAGUUCAUACAAUUUUUAGUUGCAAGAUUGAUGUUUCUUUACAUCAUCGUGUAUUAUCAAUGUCAUUCAAUAUAGAUAGGAUUAGUCUACGGGAAACUGAUGCUUACUGCUUGCAGGAUUUGGACAAACAGAAAGCUGUUUCUGCUACAGAAAAUAGAAUCAGGGAUCUGAGAAGGCCAUCUGCCAUGAGUGCUCCAAAGCAUGAUGGGUUGGAUUUUGACAAUAAUUUUAAAGCUCGGCCUCUUAAUAAGAAGAUACUUUCAAGUAAAGGAGAUAUUGGUGUUUUCUGGAACAGAAAGCAGGAGAACACCGUGCCAACAGAAUUUAAUUUCCAUACUGAAAAGAGGGUUCAGCAUAACCCACCAAUUGAACUCUUUAACAAGCUGUCCUUAACAUCUGAAGUCCAGUCAAAUGAUGGAUCCCAGUUGAAACUGCCUCGGCAUUCCAGGGUGUACAGAAAGGAUUCAAAAGAAAAUAUAGGAAGUUCUGUUCAUCUCGACCGAAAGGAAAAGCCUUUCAUAUUUGGGGGAAAGCAAAUUCAUAGUGGGAUUGACGGUUGCAUCACUGAAGCCAGUAGUACUAUGUUGAGUGCAAGGAGGAGCUUGGGAAUUCGGUGACAGCGACUACAAACGAGGGUCAAUGUGCAACAAGCUUUUGUU